AUGACUGUUUCCCUCAAAGAGGCAGUCAAGCAGUUGUUUAUCAAUUCCUUUGGUGGUUUACCACAAUGCUACGUUUUUGCUCCAGGUCGCGUGAGUUUCAUGGGGGAACAUGCGGACUACUGCGAUGGAUUUGUGUGUCCUAUGGCGAUUCAUCUGGGUACUAUGGUCACUGGAAGAUUGAUUCCUGGCUCUACUUGCCGUGUCGUAUCUGCUAAUAAGGGAGGUAUUCAGGAGUUCAAGGGUGAUGCUUCUCUGGCUCCUGAUGAAAGUGGAAGUAGGGCGAACUAUGUAUCUGGUGUUGUCCACGAAUUUAUGAAGCAUUUUUCGAUUUCUGAGAUUGGCUUUGAUUUAGCUAUCGUUUCAAAUGUUCCGUUGGGAGGUGGUCUCAGCAGCUCUGCGUCGCUCGAAGUCGCAGUUUCUUUGUUUCUAGAGCAAAUCCUCCACAAGCCCCUCGCUCCUGAGCUCCGCGCUCUCCUCUGCCAGUCCGCCGAACACACGUUUGCUCACAUGCCCUGCGGCAUCAUGGACCAGUUCACUUCCUCUUGCGGUGUUCGCGGUCAUCUUCUGCUCCUCGACUGCCGCUCCAACCACUUCGAGCUGGUUCCUCUCAGCGACCCCUCCGUCUCCAUCGUGGUCUGCAACAGCAACAAAAAGCACCAGCUCGCCGGCAGCGAGUACCCCGACCGCGUCCUCUCGCUUCCCCGCGCUCUGCGCUCUGCGCGACGCGUCGCUUGCCUAAGUCGAGUCUGUGCGAUCGCAGCUAAGCGAGACGGCGUAUCGCCGCGCGGUGCACAUCGUUUCGGAGUGUCAGCGCUGUCUAGACUGCUGCGAGGCGCUGCGAGCGCGGGAUUUCGACGCGGUGGGACGGCUGCUGCUGGAGAGCCACGCGUCGCUGCGCGAGAACUUCGAGGUGAGCACGCCGGAGCUGGAUCUGCUGGUGGAGAUCGCGAUGGAGCAGGACGGCGUGUUCGGAGCGCGGCUGACGGGCGGAGGGUUCGGAGGGUGCGUGGUGUGCUUGGUGGCGAGAGAGGAGGCAGAGAAGGUGAUGAGGACCCUGGAGAAGGAGUUCUGGAGUCGGACGGGGGAGAAGUGCGAUGUGUUCAGGACGGAGCCGUCGCAGGGAGCGAGGGUGGUGAGAGAAGAGGAGGAGUGGGAAGAAGUGGAGCCAGCGAAUGA